UCACAUGACCAGAUCUAACCUGACACAGAUAAACUAAGAUUGUAUUUCAAUGUUUAUGUCAACAACGAAAGAAGUUUUCAAUAGUGAUACAAAUGGCUUCCAAUUUUGAGAGUUCCAUCAAUAAAGGAUCAGACGGGUUAUAUGACUUUUCUUGUAACACCUGUAAGGAAAAUAACAGAAAUACCGACGACGCUGAAUUUUACUGUGAGGAAUGUUCUAAAUUGUACUGUAGCAAAUGUGUGGAGCAUCAUAACUAUCUUUUCAACAAGCAUGCACUUUUAAGCACGAAGAACAUCAGCAAAUGGCCUCAGACCACUGUGGAUGCACUGGAGCAAUGUCAGGAGCACCAGAAAGAAAAACUGACAGGAUUCUGUGAGGACCACUGUCAGCUGAUAUGUUAUGUCUGCCAUGUCCACAAUCAUCAGAAAUGCAAUCAUGUUGUACUUAUAGCUGACAAGUUGAAAGACUCCAAUCUAAAAAAAGACUUCAAGAAGUUGUCAGAAACAUUAAAUUCACAACACAGGCAGUUGAUACAAAAAAAAGAUGACUUUGAGGAAAAUAUGAAUUCUAUUGAGAAAUCUUACAAGAAAAUUCUGGAAGAAAUCAAAGCUUUACGUAAGACAAUUAAUGAUUCUUUGGAUCAAUUAGAGAUGAAUAAUUAGCAAGCAUUGGAUACAUUGCUGGCCACCAUGAGGACAUCUAUUCAGACUGACAUCGAAAACUGCAAUCAGUCUAUCAAAAAUAUAACAGGCUUAAAAGAAGUUUGGCUUAGAAGAAAAGACAAAAGUAAAGCACUGAAAUUUAUCAAGUACAGAAAAUGCCGUGACCAGACCCUCAAGACAGAAGCAGUUUUACAAUCCAUGACAACAAAGAAUGAGAUGACACUUACCUUUAAUCCUGAUACAACCAUCAAACAAACCCUGUCCAUCCUCUCAGGGUUGGGACAAAUACUCAGCAACCUACAUCAUUCAAGUCAUGUUACCAAACCGUCAUCGAUAUGGGAUCCAAACCAAGUCAUCAAAGUGACGAGUAGUAAAAAGUAUAAAGUAAGAGUAAAGAACGAUUCUUAUGAAUGCCACAUAACAGGUAUAUGUGAGACAGCUGCUGGACAACUCCUCUUAACAGACUUGAGGAACAAUAAUGUGAAGCUGCUGGAUCAGACCUAAAGGUGGUGGACCAAUGUGUCUUACCUUAUGGACCAACAUCCAUGUGUAGUAUAUGGUUUCCAGUCUGGUGGCUGUUACUAUGUAUAAUGGCUCCGAGGUCAACAUCAUCAGAGUAACCAAUGGUCAGUUGAUAAAGGACAGUAUACUGAAGUUCAAACAUUACUGCUGUGGUAUUGCCCAUCACCAGGGUAAGCUGUAUGUUACAGAUAGUACAGCUUUGUAUCACUACACUGUGGAUGGAAGGUUGGUGAGCAAGAUGUACGAGGAUGCAUCAGGUAGAAAUACAGGUAAUAAUUAUGGCUAUCAUUAUAGCAAAGACCUAUGCUUUAACUAUCAUUGAAAUCAAAAUGUUAUAAUGUUCAUAUACCAGUAAUCCCAUCAAACAAAUCUAUGUUAUGUAAAUAAUGCGCUUAACAUGUUGAACCAAAUUACAAAAAGUUGCUUGCAUGCAUUUAAAUGAAAACAAUGCAAAUAAACAAAAUCUUAAUAAUUAAACAAUU